AGGAGAAAUUGAUAGGAGACAAGCAACUUAAUUGUAUCUUGUCUGUGGGAAUGUAUUAAAAGUCCUUCUAAAUGUAGACAUCACCAUCAACAUGGAGGAGGAACGGUGUGGGAAGCGCUUCAUUGACCCUGGAGCAUGGACCGAACAUCAAACAACCCAUCCAACAGAGAACCUAUGUAAACAGAUGGAAGGUGGGAAGAUGUUUGGCAAUGGUGCCGUACAUGUGGCAACCCAUCAAAGGACCCCUAUGGUGGAAAAGCCAUAUAAAUGCAUGGAGUGUGGGAAGGGCUUCGGCAGUACUAGCGCUCUCAUUCUGCACCAAAGGACCCACACAGGAGAGAAGCCGUACAAAUGCCUGGAUUGUGGGCGGUGCUUUAGUGAAGGCAGCAAGCUGACCAUCCAUGGGCGCAUCCACACUGGGGAGAAGCCCUACAAGUGCAUGGAGUGCGGGAAGAGCUUCAUCGUGAGCAGCGCCCUGAGUUUGCACGAAAGGACCCACACUGGGGAGAAGCCAUAUCAAUGUACGGAGUGCGGGAAAAGGUUCCGUGUGAGUAGUGAUCUUACUUCUCAUAGAAGAACCCAUACAGGCGAGAAACCCUACAAGUGCUCCGUAUGCGGGAAGAUGUUCAGCGAUAGUGGAGCGUGCACUAAGCACCAGAGAAUCCACACUGGGGAGAAGCCCUACAAGUGCAUGGAGUGUGGGAAGACCUUCAUUUGUAGCAGUUCUCUUGCAUUACAUGAAAGGACCCACACCGGGGAGAAGCCCUACAAGUGCACGGAGUGUGGGAAGAGUUUCAACCGGAGUGGGACUCUCACGUCCCAUCAGAGAAGGCACACGGGGGAGAAGCCCUACACCUGUGUAGAGUGUGGGAGGAGCUUCAGUGACAGCGGGACCUGCGUGAGGCAUCGAAGGACCCACACCGGGGAGAAGCCCUACAAAUGCAUGUCCUGUGGGAAGGGAUUCAGCCAGUGUGGCGCAUGCACCAUCCAUGAACGGAUCCACACGGGGGAGAAACCGUAUCAGUGCCCCGAAUGUGGAAAGAACUUCAACAGUCAAGGCGCAUGUUCCAAGCAUCAGCGAACCCAUGGAGAUCACAGCGCCUGGGAAAAGGGUCCGUCUUUGGUCAAAGAUGCCACUUAAUGGAGAAACCACGUACAUGUAUGGAAUGUGGAAGGACCUUUAAGAGUUGGGGCACAUGUUCCAAGCAUCAGUGAACUCAUGGAGACCAUGGAGUCUUGGAAGAACAACUACCUUCAUUCAAAGAUGCCACAUUAAUGAAUGGAAUGCGGAAGAACCAUCAAUAGUUGGGGCACAU